CAUUCAUCCACCUGCAAUCAUGGCGGUACUCCUCACAGGCGGCACGGGAAAGACCUCCGUGCGCAUUGGACGUCUCUUGCAAGACGCAAAGAUCCCGUUCCUCUUGGCCUCGCGCAGGGGUGAGGCCGCAGCCCCGUCCGGCAUGCCCGCAACCCACUUCAACUGGCUCGACUCUUCAACCUUUGCGAACCCUUUCCAACAUCGAUUCCCUGGCGGAGAGGGCAUUUCCGCCAUCUAUUUGAUCACACCCCAAGUGACCGAUCCCACAUCGGUCAUGACCGCCUUCGUCGACUAUGCAGUCAAAGAGCAUGGUGUCAACAGAUUCGUUCUCAUGGCCGGUAGCACCACUGAGCCAGGCGAGCUUCAAGUCGGACGUGUGUGGCAGCACCUUCUCGACAUUGGCGUCGAGUAUUGUGUGCUCCGUCCAACAUGGUUCAUGGAAAACCUCUCGGAGGGGAUACAUUGUGCCACGGUCAGAAACGAGGGCAAGAUUUAUACGGCGUGUGGCGAUGGCAAGAUCUCGUUUGUUAGCGCCUCCGACAUUGCAGCCGUCGCAUUCCGCGCGCUCACCGACGAGAAACCGCACAACACCGAUUAUAGGGUGCUGGGGCCCGAGCUUCUGACCUAUGAUGAGGUUGCGGCAAAGCUGAGCAGCUGUCUGGGGCGCGAGAUUACGCACGUGAACCUCACCGAUGAACACAGAGCACAACGGCUGAUGAGUGUGGGCGUGCCGGAGUACUUCGCGAAGCGGCUUGCCUUCCUUGAAGUCUCAGCCGCUAAUGGAGGCGAGAAUAGGAUGAACGACGUCGUGGAGCGAGUGACUGGACGGCCUCCGCAGACGUUUGAUGCAUUUGCCCAGCAAUGCAAGACGGCAUGGGAGUAAACAGUCUUGACGCGUCUUAGAAUCGUGGUUCUUUGUUUUGUUUCCUCUGAUCGACGCUACGGCUUAGUUGCUAAUCUUUGACUUCAUGGUGUAUAUCUCCCCGCUCUCUCUGCACUUAGUCUUUUCCACCCCCACUCAGACUCGUAUUGUAAUAUGUAUAUGUAGCUAUAAGGGGUUCCUGGUGAUGAUGAAGCUUGACGUUAGGAGGUACCCGCAAUAAAGCAAUCCCCAUUUAUUAGAU